AUGGCAAGCUCUGAAAGGGACAAUUACAGAUCCUACUUGAAUGAAUCAGAUGAAGUGAAUAACAUAAAAUGGAGAUAUGGUUCUGCUCCUAAUUAUGAUGUUGUUAACAAGCUCUUCGAACAAGGCAAAACUAAGACAUGGCCUGCUGGUUCACUUGAAGAAAAGGUGCAGAACCUUGUGAAAACUUGGGAAAUGGAGAUGUUCCACAAAGUGAACUUUGACGACUAUAAAACAGUGGAUCCAAUCAAGUAUAGGUUCAGUCUAAACGGAAGGAAAGGAAUCACCCUGGAAGAGAAGAGGAAGCUUGGAGGAGGUUACAAUUCCCUCCUUCAAACAUCCCUGCCACAGAAGUUCCGGGGAUACAACCCGGCUGAGGAAACCGUGGACUCAUCUCACCUUGCUUUUACCACAGCCUUUCCUCGUGGAUUUGCACUGGAGAUUCUGGAGGUCUACUCGGGGCCACCGGUGAUUGUAUACAAGUUCAGGCAUUGGGGUUUCAUGGAGGGUCCUUUCAAAGGAUAUGCACCAACUGGAGAAAUGGUUGAGUUAUUUGGCAUGGCCAUUUUUGAGUUGGAUGAACAAUCGAAGAUUGUCAAGGUUGAGUUCUUUUAUGACCGUGGAGAAUUGCUUGGAGGUCUUAUGAAGGCGAAUCCCUCUGAAAUUUCUACCAUUGACACAUCUUCAACCUGCCCUUUCUUGAAAAGCACCGGGUAG